CACAUGGUACACCCGUUGUCUUUGCAGGAGAAGCAGUUCAUUGCCCAGCUGGAAGAGCAGCUGCAGGCUGAGAGAAAGGAGAUCGAGGUGCUGCGCCAGGAAAGACAGCGCCUGCAAGAGGAGCGGGAGGAGCUGGAGCUGGAGGGUGCCUGGCAGCAGCAUCAGCUGGAGCUGGAGGCAGCCCACGUGCCUGGGGCUGUGCUGCCGGAGCUGGUGGAGGCAGAGCUGGAGAAGGCUGAGCGGGCGAGGAGACGUGGGCUCACCUUCUGGAUGAAGAUGAUCUGCCUCAUCUUUGUCAGCCUCCAGCUGCUGCUCGUUACUGUGUUGGGCUGUGCAGUGCUGUACGCCCAGCACUAUGACCAGGAGCUGUUGUAUCGGCUCCUGCUGCGAGUGCUGCCCCAGGCAAUGUACGCUUCCCUGGCGUACUUUGCGAGCAGGAGCCUGCGUGUGGUCUGUGAUGGGAUGCUGCCCAUCUGACCGCCCCU